GAAGAAAAAAAAAACUCGACCACCACCUCCACCACUCACACCUCGAUCCGGCCAUGGCGGCCUAGCCCUAGCACCUAGGGUUCGCGCCCCCACCACCCUCCCCGCCGUCUCGGAGACCGCGCGCCCCCAGCUCCCGCCUCGCUGUCGCGCCGCCUGAUUCCGCCGCCGGCGCCGAAUGCUACGCCGUUUGGUGGUGGUGGUGGUCGUCGUCGCCUGAUUCCGCGAUCUCGUGAGCUCCGGGGGGUGCGCGGUUGCGGCGGCGGCGCCUGAGAGGAAGGCUGGACUCGUCCGCGGCGGCGGCGGCUGCGGGCUAGUGUCGGUGGCGAUUUGAGGGCGGCGGUUUGGGUUAGCCGUCGCCGAGAGUGAAGGUGCUGUGUUUUGAGUGCUUGGGAUGAGCUGCGUGUUGAUCUGAUGAACUCGGGGUCGGCGGCGUUCUUCGGUUUCUCCGCUCACUUGCUCCCGCCGUUGGCGAAAAUCCGGUUCUUCGGAUCGAGUUGCGGUCGCCUGGGUGUUUUUCAUCAGUUUUGGGUGAAAAUACUCGAGCUCUGAGGGGGGUGAUUGGUUUCCAAGUUUGAUUGAUUUAAAGAGUUUGUGUGGAAUUUUUUCGGGGAGAUGAAGGGGAGGAUUUGCUGCGACGGUCCAGGUUUUGGUUAGUUGUUGAGGGAGAAAAAAAUGGAAGAUAUUUCUGGGCGCAAGAGAGGAAGGCAGGUGUUUGCUGCUGCUGCUGGGAGCAUGAUGGGAAGCUGACCAGCAGCUUCUCCGGUAUCCUGGUGCGGCGGAGUUUCGUGCUCUUUGGCGACGGGUGCACUGGUGAUUGGAGAUGAAGCUCUCUCCGCCGGCGUCGGCGGAUAUGCCGCAGGCCUUGCCGGAGAACGACGGGGAACAAAGAUGUCUGAACUCGGAGCUGUGGCAUGCAUGCGCUGGGCCCCUUGUGUCUUUGCCAGUGGUCAGGAGCAGGGUCGUCUACUUUCCACAGGGCCAUAGCGAGCAGGUUGCGGCAUCAACUAAUAAGGAAGUUGAUGCUCAAAUCCCAAAUUAUCCAAACUUACCUCCUCAGUUAAUCUGCCAGCUUCAUAAUGUCACCAUGCAUGCUGAUGCAGAGACAGAUGAAGUUUAUGCUCAGAUGACAUUGCAACCAUUGAGCCCGGAAGAGCAAAAGGAGCCUUUCCUUCCAAUGGAGUUGGGUGCUGCUAGCAAGCAACCCACUAAUUACUUCUGCAAGACAUUGACUGCAAGUGACACGAGCACUCAUGGUGGUUUCUCUGUUCCCCGCCGGGCAGCUGAGAAAGUCUUCCCUCCACUAGAUUUUUCACAGCAGCCUCCGGCACAGGAGCUGAUUGCAAGAGAUUUGCAUGAUAAUGAAUGGAAAUUUCGCCAUAUAUUUCGUGGUCAGCCUAAAAGGCAUCUCCUGACAACAGGCUGGAGUGUGUUUGUGAGUGCGAAAAGACUAGUAGCAGGAGACUCUGUUAUAUUUAUCUGGAAUGAUAACAAUCAACUUCUUUUGGGAAUACGUCGUGCAAAUCGCCAACAGACUGUUAUGCCCUCUUCCGUGUUGUCAAGCGAUAGCAUGCAUAUAGGUCUUCUUGCAGCAGCAGCUCAUGCUGCAGCCACAAAUAGUCGCUUCACUAUUUUCUAUAACCCCAGGGCUAGCCCUUCUGAAUUUGUGAUUCCAUUGGCCAAGUAUGUGAAAGCUGUUUACCACACACGUGUAUCUGUUGGAAUGCGUUUUAGAAUGCUUUUCGAGACAGAGGAGUCAAGUGUCAGGCGAUACAUGGGUACAAUCACCAGCAUAAGUGAUCUAGAUUCAGUGCGCUGGCCAAACUCACACUGGCGUUCUGUUAAGGUUGGUUGGGAUGAGUCCACCACUGGUGAUAAACAGCCAAGGGUUUCUCUUUGGGAGAUUGAGCCUUUGACAACCUUUCCGAUGUACCCCAGUGCUUUUCCUUUAAGACUUAAGCGUCCGUGGGCUUCAGGACUGCCUAUGCAUGGCAUGUUCAAUGGUGGGGGAAAUGACGAUUUUGCACGCUAUUCUUCUCUCAUGUGGCUUCGAGACGGAAAUAGAGGAACCCAGUCCCUGAAUUUUCAAGGACAUGGAGUCUCACCAUGGCUUCAGCCAAGAAUAGAUUCUCCAUUGCUGGGCCUUAAGCCAGACACGUACCAGCAAAUGGCUGCAGCAGCACUGGAAGAAAUUCGAUAUGGGGACCCUUCAAAGCAGCAUCCAGCUACUCUGCAAUACCAACAGACUCAUAAUCUGAACAGUGGAUUAAAUUCUCUGUUUGCAAGCCAUGUUCUAGGGCAGGUGCAGUUUCAACCUCAGCAGUCACCCCUGCAAGUUGUUCAGCAAGGCCAUUGUCAGAACACUGGUGACUCUGGGUUCCUUCAAGGUCAGCUUCCACGGCUGCAGUUGCAUAACACUCAGCAGCUGCUAAAGGAGCAAGAGUUGCAGCAGCAGCAAAGACAGCAUGUUUUACAAGAGCAAUCUAGUCAAGAGAUGCAACAGCAGCUCCCAUCUAGUGAUCAUCAUGUUGCUGAUGUAGCUUCUGAGUCUGGAUCUGCUCCUCAGGCACAAUCAUCAUUGCUUAGUGGAUCAUCAUUCUACAAUCAGAACCUCUUAGAAGGAAAUAGUGAUCCCCCUUUACAUCUACACAACAAUUUCCACAACUUCUCUAACCAGGAAGCCUCAAACCUUCUUAUUUUGCCUCGAAGUAGCCAAUUAAUGGCAUCAGAUGGGUGGCCUUCAAAGCGAUUAACUUUAGAAUCUGCUGUUCAUCCUGAAGCUCCGUCCAUGCACCCCAAGAUUGAGAAAGUAAAUCACCAGGGUAUAUCUCAUUUUCCUGGCGCCUUUCCACCACAAUCAGCAAGAGGCUGUUCCAUCGUCCAGGAUUGCAGGGCAGAUGCUGAGAACCGCCUACUUUCAUCAUCAUUUGAACUCCAGGAUGGCAUGACAAGCAUCAUAACUGAUGCUAACAGAGAAACUGAUACUAUGGCCAUACCUUUGUUGAGAUAUAGUGGUGCAGAUUUGACAACUGAAAACACCUUAGCAACCUCCAAUUGUUUAGGUGAAUCUGGAACGUUCAAUCCUCUUAAUAACAUAUCUGUAAAUCCAUCACAAGGAGCAACCUUUGUGAAGGUUUACAAAUCAGGGUCCCUUGGGAGAUCACUUGACAUCUCCAGAUUCAGCAGCUACUGCGAGUUACGUAGUGAGCUUGAGCGUCUCUUUGGUCUUGAAGGCCAACUGGAGGACCCUGUAAGAUCAGGCUGGCAGCUUGUAUUUGUCGACCGGGAAAAUGACAUUCUUCUCGUCGGCGACGAUCCAUGGCAGGAGUUUGCAAAUAGCGUAUGGUGCAUCAAAAUACUCUCGCCACAGGAGGUGCAGCAGUUGGUUCGUGGUGGAGACGGCCUUCUGUCCUCACCUGGAGCAAGGAUGCAGCAGAGCAAUGCCUGCGACGACUAUUCUGCAAGCCACAACAUGCAGAAUAUCGCCGGAAACAUUGCAUCUGUAGCGCCUCUGGACUACUGAGAUGUAGACCAGAAUCCAAACUAAGCACCCUUAAGACUGCAGGGUCACCAUUCGUGAUCGCCUGCAUUCCAUGCGAUCUUCACUAGUCCUGUCCGAAUCAGUAGCAACUCAGUCAAUAAUAUAGCUAGAUGAUCCGUUGUAUUCCAUCUGAUCAUGGACAUGCUGUAUGAUAGCUGCUUUAGCUCUAUUAAAUCUCUAAUGGCAGGCAACUAGGCAAGAACAGUUCUAUGAUGAAUGAUGGCAGUCGCUGUAGAAUUGACCUUAUUCUGUAGCUAUAAUAUGAUGUCUAGAACUGAUGAUUCCAAUUUCCAAAUGGAGCCCGGAACAUAUUAAAAUCAA